AUGUCCAACCCAACCAUCUUUAUCCUCGGCGCCUAUGGCUUUGUCGGCAGUCACCUCACCAGGAUCUUGGGGGAGAAACAUCCGGACUAUCGCCUACUAUGCUUGAUGCGCAACCCUACGCCUGAGCGUCUCGAUCCACUGAAGGGUUUGCAUCCCAACAUCGAGAUCAUCGAAGGCGCUUUGGAGGAUACAGAGCUCAUCUCCAAGACUUCCGAGGAUGUCGAUGUCGUGCUGAAUACUGCGAGCUCUGACCACUGGCCGAGUGUUGAAGCUACUCUCGAUGGACUCACCAAGAACUCGGCGAAGCACCCGGGAAAGCCGCCGCUUUAUAUCCACGUCUCUGGCUGCGGUAUCAUUAGCGACAACGUCCGUGGAGAGAAGGUGGACAACGUGAAAGAGUGGACUGAUGUUGGGCUUGACUUGAAGGACUGUCCGCCCACGAAUACGCACCUUGAAUCCGAUACCAAGAUCGUCGAGGCAGGCACCCGCUCCGAGAACCCUAUUCGCACAAUCAUCCUCUUCCCCGGUCAGAUCUACGGAAUCGGUGAAGUCCAGAAGACCACCAUGUGGUUGCGCAUCUUCUCUCAAAUGGCGAAGAACGUUGGAUAUUCCGGUACAUGGGGUCCUGGAGAGAUAUCGCAAGGGAACAUCCACGUCAAGGACUGCGCUAGCGCUCUAGUGCUGUUGCUGGAGAGCGCUCUCGAGGGGAAGGCCGGGGAAGGCAAGGACGGUCUCUACUUUGGUGUGGCCCCGGUGCCUCUCAUUACGUACAAACAGUGGACCGAAAUCAUGGGCGACAUCCUGCACAAUAAGGGCCUCUUGAAGGAGCCUGGAUCCCACCCAUUCCCUCCCGAGAUCACCGAUGCUUGGGGCCAUUAUGGGUGGUCCUUACUUGGAAGCAAUCAACAUGCGAAAGCAGACCGUCUCCUUCAACUGGGAUGGGAACCGGAAUGGAGCAAGAAGGAAUCCAUCCUCGACGUCCUUCCAGCAAUGAUCGAGGUUGCCGCCCAAGAUUUAAUCGCCGCCGAGAAGAAAUGA